CAGUUUGCUCCACAUCACAGCAUCAUGGGGAUGUUUCUGAGGGCGUUUACUUUAAUCACUUUAGUAUGUCUGCUAGAGGCCAAACAGAAAGACUUUUACACGUUUAAAGUGGUAAACAGCAGAGGCCGGUUAGUUUCUCUGGAGAAAUACAGAGGAUCGGUGUCUCUGGCAGUGAAUGUGGCCAGUGAAUGCGGUUACACAGACGAGCACUACAAAGACCUUCAGCAGCUGCAAAAAGACUUCGGCCCGUUCCAUUUCAACGUCUUGGCUUUUCCCUGUAACCAGUUCGGUCAGCAGGAGCCCGGCAGCGAUAAAGAGAUCGACAGCUUCGUGCGCAGAGUCUACGGGGUUUCCUUUCCAAUCUUCAGCAAAAUAGCUGUUGUGGGUAUUGGGGCAAACAAUGCUUACAAAUACCUCGUCGAAGCGUCUAGAAAAGAGCCGACCUGGAAUUUCUGGAAGUACCUCAUUGAUACCGACGGCAAAGUCGUUGAUGCUUGGGGUCCCGAAGUCUCCGUCAAAGAAAUUCGCCCACGGAUCACGGAGAUGGUUCGGAAGUUGAUCAUCAAGAGGAAAGAAGAGCUGUAAAAAUCCUCAUCUGCGAACCCUGUUGACACUCAGACCUCAGAAACAGAUCUCUUUGAAGAAACACAUGCUAAUUUAGGCCUCUUCAAACAGCGCAGCGUGAGAUUACUCCAGCACAGCUCACAUCUCCUCUACUUUGUUGCAUCAGAUUUGUUCUCUUGACAUGUUUGUGAAGAGAAGCACUGAGAAAUAAAGACCACUUUUAUUAACAGACUGACUAAAUGAUGGCAAAACAAUGAAAAGGGAGCAAUAGGAUGAAUGGUUCUGGAGCUGAAAUGUUUGUUUUUAUGUACUCCAGCUAACAUUUUUACUUCUGCGAUCUUUCUAAGAGGUGAAAAUGGCUUCAAUAAAGGUUUUUUAAAGUGUUUUCAGA